AUGCACUCGAAGAAGCAGAGGACAGAUAUGUCUCAGUUCCCAGAAUGCUGCCAUGGAUCAAGUCCAUUCUUGCUGGAAAUGUACCGGAAUCAACGAUUCACUUCACUUUCGAUCCCAACAGAGAAAUGUAUAUACGCCAGAGAUAUGUGUUUUGAAUACGAUCACUAUGAGAAUAAAUCUGUGAGAGGUUGUGUAGAGAUUGUGUUCAGACAGAGACUUCACUAA